UUUGAUGUGCAGACAACCUCCACGCUUUAUUGGAAAGGAGUGAAGUUCCUAGUACGGCAGCCAGAUCGUGAAGAGGUCUUGUGUGAGCUGACAGUACGAAUCACCUUGGGGGUCCAGAGGAACAACCACAACUCAAGGGUGCUACGGAUACAUCUGUCGAGUGAGGAUGAUGUUUUCUUGCUGCACACCCUGGAGUUCACUGAAGAAGAGUUCCAGAUUCUGAAAGCGGAGCAGGGCAUUCUUGUAGAUUUUGGUAACUUCCCAGGGAAGAUCAUCGGCCUGCUGGAGCGAUGCAUCGCUUCACGUCAUGAGGACGCACCAAGAUUUCAAGCAGUGCUGCUGGCAAUGGAAGCGACAUCUGUCUUCAAGAUUGUGGAGACCAACGACUUCAAUCAGCUGCCGCACAUCACCCUGGCUUUCAGGCCAGGCAAUGAUGCCACCAUAAAGCAGUAUCUGGCAUCCCGGCUGUCUGAAGUCAAGCUGAGCAAUGACAAGCUCAGCUCUGACCUCCACAAAAUGCAGGGAGAUAUGGAGGCUGCAUGCACAAAGCUCCGGGCAACAGAGGAGCAGCUGGUUCAAACAAGGGAGGAGCAUCAGCGGUAUGUGAUGGAAAGGGAAGCAGAUGCCAUGGCCAACGCAGCUGCUGCGCUGCAUGACAAGACCAGGGAGCUGGCCGAACAGAAAGAAGCCCUGGACAGGAUGCGUGCAGACGUGGAGGAGAGGCACAGGCAGCAUGUGGAGGCGCUGCAGGCGCGCAACAGCAGCCUGGAGGCAGAAGCGCAGCAGCUGCGCGAGGCGAAGUUUGGCCUCGAGGCGCGCGGCUCGGAGCUCGGCCACCGGCUGGCGGCUGUGGAGGGAACGCUGGCUUCGCUGGAGACCGAGGCGGAGCAGCUGCGCGCCGCUGCGGCGGCGGCCGGCAGCGAGAAAGGGCAGCGCGAGGCUGAGCUGUCAGAGCUGCGCGCGAAGCUGCGAGCGGCCGAGGAGAAGGUGGCGGCUCAGAAGGAGGUGGUGGCAGAGCAGCGCGAGCGCAUCAAGGACCUGGAAGCCGGCACGCGCCAGCUGGGGGAGAGGUGCGCCGAGCUGAAGGAGGCCUCGGCCGGCCAUGACGAACGCGCGCGUGCCGCCGCCGCCGAAGUGCUCAAAGGCAACCGCAUCAUUGAGAAGUUCAUGGCGGAUCUGCGGCUUGCGCGAGAGCGGCUGCGUCGAAAGGCGGCAAUCGUGGCGCGGCAGGAGGAGGAGGUCACAUCCAAAGAGCGCGCCCUGGAGACGGCUGCCGUGGAUGCGCAGGCGCUGCAGCACGCCCUUGACCAAGCUCGCUCGGACGCGGCCAAGCACCAGGCCGAGUGUGAGGAGCUGAGGAUGAAAGUGGAGGACAGCAAGAAGCAGUUGGACAGCAAUGAUCAGAUGAUCAGAUGGCUCAACAACCAGGUA